AUGUUACCCUCACGACAAAUCCUCUCAUCCUUCCUCAUACUAGGGCCCGGUCUUGUACAAGCACACAUCACAUCAAGAACAGUAUCCGCAAGAAAUACCCCCGAAGAAUGGGAAAAACACCCAACCGCAACAGGAAGCUGGCCCAUCUACGGCAUCGACAUAUCCAGGCCCCUGACAUCCACCCCCGACGCCAACGCCUACGGCCAGGGAAACGGAUGGAGCAUCGACGUCGCGGUCACGUACAACUGGACCGAGAACCCCUUCUCUCGGAGCAAGAAUCGAUACGGAGUCACCCUAACGGCCCCGGAGAAGCCCUUCGAGGUCCUCGACGCGUCGAACUCGAGCGCCGGGUAUCAGAUGUGUAACCAAGUCUGGUUCAAGACGACGUGGAGCGCGGAGCAGCGGAAGAAGCUCGCGGAGGAUGUGGAUGGGUCGUGCAACGGCGUGAUACCGGAUGACUGCGUCCGGGAUCUCACGCAGUCGCUCAAAGACGAAGGGUGUGGAGAUGACGUCGACCGGCCUGCGAGUUGCGAUGCUGUAUUCCAGGACGCGGGGGUAGUACGCAGCGACCCCGUCUCUUCGUUUGCGAACGCUCUGGACAAGGCGAGCCCGUCUUUCAAGCUGGCCGGCGCAAGCUCGGAUCCCACGGCGGAGUCGGAGCACGGUGAGUUGGAACAGACGUACGAUGAGGCCGUGGCGCAGGUGUUUGCGGUUUUGCUCCUCUGGGAGUAUGAUGACGGGGAGAACAAGUCGGAUUACAGCGUCUUCCGGUGUGUUCGGGCAACUGACGUCGGCGCGCCUAGUUCAUCUUUCAGACAAACUGUCUCGUUGGGGUUGGUUGCUCUGGGUGUCUUGGUUGCUCUGGGGAUUUAG